GUCACAUCUCUUCCUUUGCAAGAGUAGACGCAGAAGGAUCUACGAACUUGGCCUGUUUGAAUGAAGCCAGACCCCCAGGGAAACAUCUUCCGGGAGAGCUCCUGGGACUCCUGGUCAGAGGAAGCCAAAAGGGGGUGUGUGCACACACAAUGGCGCCAGAAGGACCUCCGCAAGACAGAGAGAAAGAGGUCUGGUGGCUCCAGGUGAAGGUCUGGUCUAUGGCUGUGAUAUCCAUCUCUCUCCUCAGCGCCUGUUUCGUUGUGAGCUCUGUGGUGACUUACAGUAAUUCUGUGUAUAGCAAAAACAAGAAGCUGUCCAAGUUACAAGAAUAUCAACAGUUUUAUUCAAGUCUGACCUGCGUCAUCGGAGGAAAGGAGGUAGAAGAUUGGAGCUGCUGCCCAACACUCUGGAGUUCAUUUCAGUCUAGCUGCUACUUUGUUUCUGCUGUGAAGCAGUCUUGGGCUGAGCAUUGGAAGAACUGCUCCAGGAUGGGGGCUGCCCUAGCGGUGAUCAGCACUGAGGACGAACAGGAUUUUAUCACCCAGAAUCUGAAUGAAGAGUCUGCUUAUUUUAUGGGGCUGUCAGAUCCCGAAGGCCAGAGAACAUAUUGCAUAUGGGUUGAUCGAACACCAUACAACGAAAGUGCCACAUUCUGGCACUCAGGUGAACCCAAUAACCCUUCAGAGCGUUGUGUCAUAGUCAAUUUUCGUCAUCCUUCACGACAAUGGGGCUGGAAUGAUAUUGAUUGUCAUGAACCUGAGAAGUCGAUUUGUGAGAUGACGAAGAUCUACUUAUAAUGGAACACUUUCUAUGGAGAUGUGUUUGGAUGGGCAUCUACCAUUAUAGACAGAUAAUUUGCUUUUUAUUUAUAUGCAAGCUUUAUACAGGGGAUGCCCAUAAAAUUUUUCAGUAAUCUGUCACCUAUUCCACUUAUGACAGAAUCGGUUCACACAUUCAUUCAUUCAUAAAAUGAGUGCUUAUUGAGCAUUCUCGCACGCCACAGUCCACAGCAGCCCAUUACAGACAAACAGGGAGAAUGCACCUCCUCUCCUACUCUCUGACAGCUGAGGGGUCAGGUGCCUGUUACGGGCUGGACUGCAUCCCUACCCUCCAAAGUCAUACGUCGAAACACCUCCAGUACUAUACUGGGAGAAUCUUUUAAGAGGGGAUUGAAAUGAGGACAUUAGAGUAAGCCCUAAUCCAAUCUGACCGAAGUUCUUAUCGGAGGAAACUUGAACACAAGACAAGACCGCAGGGUGCAUGUGCACAGAGGGACUACCUCGUGGAGAUGCAGCAAGAGCCGGCCAUCUGCAAGUGAACCAGGGUGCUCGGAGCAAACCAGCCCUGCUGGCACCUUGGUCUUGCACUGUCAGCCUCCCGAACCGAGAGAAAAAGAAGGAUUUGUUGUGUAAGCCACGCAGUCUGUUCUAUUUUGUUAUGACAGCCCUAGCAAGCCAGUAUGGUACUAAUAUCGGUAUUUGAUGCAGUCUUCCUGUGUGUGUCUGGUCAAAAUAUUUUUCAUUUCUUUCAGACUUAUUACCUUUAGCUAAAAGCAUACUAUGUGGCAGG